CAUGAGUUGUCUUUGUUCAGAAUAAUAUUUAGCUUUACUAAAGUUAAUUGUACUUUUGUAAGCAACAGCAUAAUUCAGAUUGGCAGCAUAGUAUUGUUGAGAAAGUGACUCAUACUUUGCCCAGAGGUAUUGAAGACCUCUUUUUUGGGGUAUGGGGGUGUGUGUGCUAAUGACAAGAUGUUUCUUUGACAGUGGAGUCCUUUGUAGUAACACCUAUCUCUCAGGUUAUAAUUUCUUCUCUUAUGUUGCAUACCACUUGUCUUCAUAAUAGUGUUAGGUUAAUAAAGCAAAAUAAUUGUGCUCCUCUGCUUUGUUCAUCAGUUGUAAGUCUCAGAAUUUUAUUGUCUGAAGGUGUACCAAGCAUUUUACCGUUGGAAACUGUGUCUUUUUUUCGCCAUUGGGAGGCAACAUUACCACCUUAAGUGCAAGCUCCUCAUAGGAGUAUCUGCAAUAGAUGCCUUGUGGCAGAACUGUGAAGAGUAAGGGUGGGUACUAGAGGAAUUGUGUUUUUAGAUUGGACAGGGUGUGGCAAAAAUUUUUUUUCUGUAAUUUUUAUAGCAAAAUGAGGUUAAUUUUUUGUCCAAGCUCAAAUUUUUAAGCAGUUAUAAUUUCAUUCUUCUCUUAUGCUUCUGAGUUUUACUGGCUUCCUGUGUCUUUCUAGGAAUUGAGCAUUGGGCUGCAGGAAAGUACCAUAUUGCAUAGAUUAUUCUUCCUCAGAGGAGUUGGUACAUGCUGCAAGUCGGCUGUUGUGCCUGUGAUGUAAAAGCUUUCCUUUGCAAAAUGCAAUUGUAUUGUUUCCACUGAAAUGUACUAAUUACAGAAAACCUUAGUGCUAGUUUUGAUAUUUGAUGUUAAUUUAGAGUAUCUUGAAGGUUACGUUUUAGAACAGUUAAUUGAUAAAUAGGAAGUUUUGCAGGCAGAAAUCCCUGAAUGAGUAGUGUAACAAAUACAUGUGUGAUAUCUGAGAACUGAGCUGCCUUAUGUAUUUGUAAUGCAAGUAUCUUACCAGAGCUAAUUAUUUUCCCUUGGGAGGACAAUCCUGUGCUAAAUUUGAAUAAUAAUAUUAGGAAAUCUGUCUUCCUAAAUAAAGCUGUGUAUCAAUGUACAGAAUUAAAAAUCAAGAUGGAUUUUUUAAAACUGAAAUAGAGAGGUGCUGCUUGCCAAUUUUUUUUUUCUUAUAGAAUUUAGCUUGCUGACGUGUCUCAUGGAAGGGUGUGUGUGUGUGUGUCUGUGUGUUCUCAGUAAAUUGCUUUUUGGGCUACAUCUGCAGAUACAGUAGCCAAUUGAUCUAAUGCAGUUUCUGAAGGCUUUCUAUACAGGUGAUGUCAUCCUUUUAGCUCUAUUCUCCUCCCACUCUCUUUCCUUCUUAUUAGAUAUUUCAUCUUACUGCAGAGCAUGGAAUCAAUAGGAGCUUCUCCUUAGGGAGCUGCUGUGAAACAGGCAAGGACAGUAGGAAUUAAAACACUAACAUAUAGUCUUGUUUUAGCAGAAGAUGUAGGGUUUUUGUAUCAUAUCCUAUAUAAAUUUUCAACCAGAAAAGCCAGAGUUAGAUCAACAUUACUGUCUUACUGAUGCAUUAGAACAAGAAGCAAUACUGCUGAGCUGUAAAUAGUGCAUGUGAAAAGAGAACAUUUUAAUUUUGGAGAUUUUCAGGCAUUCUCCAGGACAAACCUGUUAGAGCAUAUCUAUCUUUUAAGUACCAUUUGCUUGCUCAUCGGUUGAUUUUCUUUUUUUAAACCUUUGGUGAUUAAGAAUAUCAAGAAGAAACUUUCAUUUUAAGGAUACAGUGUUCUGGUUUGCUUCUGAUGCAGAAGAAAUACUGCAGUGCUUGCUCUACAGAAUGAAAUAAGUUGAAGAAGAGACAAAGCUGUGUUACAGACAGGAAAGGUUUCUCAGGAUCCAGGAACACAGAUUUGGUGCAUGUUGCCUUAUUUGCGCUGAUUGAUACCGUAUUAACUGUUGUGUUACCGCUGUGCAUGUCUGUGCCAGAUGCCUGAGGAAGCAUGUGUAUGUCUGUAUGUACUGAGCCAGAAAUGUAAACAUCUUAAUUUGCUGUGAUUUGCUUGUUAAAAGUGAACCUUGUGAUGAAAACUGUUGCAGUUAUUUAGAACAAUACUCUGAGCUACUGAAAGCUCCUAAUUUCAGUGUGAAAGGGAUUUGGAGAUCUGGGAUCUGCCUUUAUAUAACACUGCAAAUGGCGUAUGAUUUGUAAAAAGAAACUUAACAGAAUUUUGUCAUCAUACUCAUCCGUGUGGCUCUGGUUUGAAAAGGAAACUACCCUUUCCAGCCCAGGAAAUGGCUUUUCUUGUUCGCUGUUAUGCCAAUUGUCUUCAGCCAUGGGCCUCCAAACUUCCAGCCGAUCUUACCAAGAUGCACAUCACAGACAACCCUCAUCCACAGGUGACUCACGUGUCUUCUAGUCAGUCUGGUUGUAGUAUCGCCAGUGACUCUGGGAGCAGCAGUUUAUCUGAUAUCUACCAGGCUACAGAAAGUGAGGUAGGAGAUGUAGAUUUAACACGUCUUCCAGAAGGACCUGUUGAUUCUGAAGAUGAGGAAGAGGAAGAUGAAGAGAUUGAUCGAACAGAUCCACUACAGGGGCGAGAUCUUGUUCGAGAAUGUCUUGAGAAAGAACCUGCAGACAAAACUGAUGAUGACAUUGAACAGUUACUGGAGUUUAUGCACCAGCUCCCUGCUUUUGCAAACAUGACCAUGUCUGUAAGGAGAGAACUCUGCUCAGUAAUGAUUUUUGAAGUGGUAGAGCAGGCCGGAGCUGUUAUUCUGGAAGAUGGGCAAGAGCUUGACUCAUGGUAUGUUAUUUUAAACGGCACUGUAGAAAUCACUCAUCCAGAUGGAAAAGUUGAAAAUCUCUUUAUGGGAAAUAGUUUUGGAAUUACUCCCACUCUGGAUAAGCAGUAUAUGCAUGGAGUUGUUAGGACUAAAGUAGAUGAUUGUCAGUUUGUCUGCAUAGCCCAGCAGGAUUAUUGGAGAAUUUUAAAUCAUGUGGAGAAAAACACCCAUAAAGUUGAGGAAGAGGGAGAAAUUGUUAUGGUGCAUGAACACCGUGAACUAGAUCGGAGCGGAACCAGGAAAGGACACAUUGUAAUCAAGGCAACACCUGAACGUCUCAUCAUGCAUUUAAUAGAAGAGCAUUCCAUCGUGGACCCAACUUAUAUAGAAGAUUUCCUACUAACUUACAGAACAUUUCUUCAAAGUCCUUUGGAUGUUGGGAUCAAACUGUUGGAAUGGUUUAAAAUUGACAGCUUAAGGGAUAAGGUAACACGGAUUGUGUUAUUAUGGGUAAACAAUCACUUUAAUGAUUUUGAAGGUGAUCCUGCUAUGACUCGAUUUCUGGAGGAAUUUGAAAAAAAUCUGGAAGAUACAAAAAUGAAUGGUCAUCUCCGGUUAUUGAAUAUUGCCUGUGCUGCAAAGGCCAAGUGGAGGCAGGUUGUGCUGCAAAAGGCUUCCCGGGAGUCCCCUCUGCAUUUCAGCCUUAAUGGAGGAAGUGAGAAGGGAUUUGGUAUUUUUGUUGAAGGAGUAGAACCCAGUAGCAAAGCUGCUGAUGCGGGACUGAAACGUGGUGAUCAGAUAAUGGAAGUAAAUGGACAAAACUUUGAGAACAUUACAUUUGCGAAGGCCGUUGAAAUUUUAAGGAAUAAUACUCACCUUGCACUUACUGUGAAGACCAACAUUUUUGUGUUCAAAGAGUUACUUAGUAGGACUGAACAAGAAAAAUAUGGUGUUCCUCAUAUUCCUAAAAUUGCUGAAAAAAAAAGUAAUCGCCAUUCAAUCCAGGAUGUACCAGGAGAUAUCGAACAGACAUCACAGGAGAAAGGAAAUAAGAAAAUAAAAGCAAAUACUGUUUCAGUUGGAAGAAACAAAAUAAGGAAAAUUUUGGAUAAAACACGGUUUAGUAUCCUGCCUCCAAAACUGUUCAGUGAUGGAGGCCUGAGCCAGUCGCAAGAUGACAGCAUUGUGGGAACAAGACACUGCAGGCACAGUCUGGCUAUAAUGCCUAUUCCUGGAACACUCUCUUCCAGCAGCCCUGAUCUCCUGCAGCCUACCACCAGCAUGUUGGAUUUUUCUAAUCCUUCAGCUGUUGGUUUUUACUAUAUUCCUGAUCAAGUUAUAAGAGUUUUCAAAGCAGAUCAACAAAGUUGCUACAUUAUCAUCAGUAAAGACACUACAGCUAAAGAAGUUGUUUGUCAUGCUGUUCAUGAAUUUGGUUUGACUGGUGCGUCUGACACAUAUUCUCUCUGUGAAGUUUCUGUUACUCCUGAGGGUGUCAUAAAACAGAGAAGACUUCCGGACCAGUUCUCCAAAUUAGCUGAUAGAAUUCAGCUCAAUGGAAGGUAUUAUUUAAAAAAUAACAUGGAAACAGAAACUUUAUGUUCAGAUGAAGAUGCCCAAGAACUAGUUAAGGAAAGCCAACUGUCCAUGCUGCAGCUCAGUACCAUUGAGGUGGCCACUCAGCUAUCAAUGAGGGACUUUGAUUUGUUUCGUAAUAUUGAGCCUACUGAAUACAUCGAUGACCUUUUUAAGUUAGAUUCCAAAACAGGAAAUACUCACUUGAAAGAGUUUGAGGACAUUGUUAACCAGGAGACAUUCUGGGUUGCUUCAGAGAUUUUAACUGAACCAAAUCAGCUCAAACGAAUGAAGAUUAUUAAGCAUUUUAUUAAAAUUGCACUUCAUUGUAGAGAAUGUAAGAACUUCAAUUCCAUGUUUGCAAUAAUAAGUGGCUUGAACCUGGCAUCUGUAGCACGACUCAGAGGUACUUGGGAAAAAUUACCAAGCAAGUAUGAGAAACACCUCCAGGAUCUACAAGACCUUUUUGAUCCAUCUAGAAACAUGGCAAAAUAUAGAAAUAUUCUUAGUAGUCAAAGCAUGCAGCCUCCAAUUAUUCCACUCUUCCCUGUUGUCAAGAAAGAUAUGACAUUUCUACAUGAAGGGAAUGACUCCAAAGUAGAUGGUUUAGUGAAUUUUGAGAAGCUAAGAAUGAUUGCCAAGGAAAUCCGUCAAGUUGUUCGAAUGACUUCUGCUAACAUGGACCCAGCUAUGAUGUUUCGACAGAGGAAGAAGAGGUGGCGGAGUCUGGGGUCAUUGAGUCAAGGCAGCACAAACUCUAACAUGCUAGAUGUUCAAGGAGGUGCUCACAAGAAAAGGGCACGCCGCAGCUCUCUGCUCAACGCCAAGAAGCUAUACGAGGAUGCCCAAAUGGCAAGAAAAGUGAAGCAGUAUCUUUCCAGUCUGGAUGUGGACACAGAUGAGGAAAAGUUUCAGAUGAUGUCAUUGCAGUGGGAGCCUGCCUAUGGUACCUUGACUAAGAAUUUCAAUGAGAAAAGAUCGGCCAAGUCAUCAGAAAUGUCUCCAGUGCCUAUGAGAUCAGCGGGCCAAACAGCUAAAGCACAUUUGCAUCAGCCUCACAGAGUGAGCCAGGCACUCCAAGUGCCAGCUGUUAAUUUGCACCCCAUCAGGAAGAAGGGACAAGCAAAAGACCCCGCCACAUUAUGUACAAAUUUACCUCAGAAAGUUUUAGGGACAACUGAAGAAAUAAUUGGUAAGAAACAUCCAGAAGAUACGAUCUCUGUGGCAUCAUCCUUACAUUCUAGUCCUCCUGCAUCUCCUCAAGGCUCUCCUCGCAAAGGUUGUACACUUAUGCCAUCAACUAAAUCUGACAACUUGUCUGACUCCAGCCAUAGUGAAAUUUCUUCACGAUCCAGCAUUGUGAGCAAUUGUUCUGUUGACUCCAUGUCUACAGCUCUACAGGAUGAACGGUGUUCUUCACAUGCUAUGGCGGUCCCUGAAUCCACUGGACCAUUGGAAAAAACAGAACACUCCUCAGGGAUAGGAGACCAUAGUCAGCUGGGCCCUGGGUGGACACUGUCAAAGCCAUCUCUAGUCAAGAGUUUAGCUGUGUCUUCUUCUAUGAGUAAUGAAGAGAUUUCUCAUGAACAUAUCAUUUUAGAAGCAGCCGAUAGUGGUCGUGGAAGCUGGACUUCCUGUUCAAGCAGCUCCCAUGACAACUUCCAAAGCCUUCCAAACCCAAAAGGCUGGGAUUUUUUGAACUCUUACCGACAGACCCAUUUGGAUGGCCCCAUUGUUGAAGUUGAACCCCCUGACUGUGAGCCCUAUUCCUGUCCUAAAGGCUGCUCCCGAACUUGUGGUCAAUGUAAAGGAAGCCUAGAGACUAAUCAGAUGAGACAGAGUUGGGCCUCCUCCAGUUCUCUGUCUGACACAUAUGAACCAAACUAUGGGACAGUUAAAAGGAGAGUGUUGGAGAGCACCCCACUUGAGUCCUCUGAAGGCUUGGACCCCAAGGAUGGCACUGACCCAGUUUAUAAAACUGUUACUUCAAGUACAGAAAAGGGCUUGAUUGUGUACUGUGUCACCUCACCCAAGAAGGAGGAUAGGUAUAGGGAGCCACCUCCCACUCCUCCAGGAUACAUGGGCAUUUCUUUAGCGGACCUAAAGGAAGGACCCCACCUACACCUAAGACCUCCAGAUUAUAGUGUGGCAGUGCAGAGGUCAAAGAUGAUGCAUAACAGCCUCUCUAGACUUCCACCAGCUUCUCUCGGUAGCAGCCCCGUGGCCUGUGUUCCAUCGAAGAUUGUAACUCAGCCUCAGAGGCAUAUUUUGCAACCAUCCCAUCCUAAACUAGCAGAUGUGACUGACGCAGAUAGCGAAACAGAUGAAAAUGAACAGGUCUCAGCAGUCUAGACUUUGGAGCACCCAUUUGAAGUUUACUGAAAGUCGUCGGGGAAGGAGUGGGUAGAACCACGUCAUGAUUCCGCAGGCCAUUGCCAACAAAAAGCUUGCUGCUGCUGCUAAUCCAGAGGUUUCAUUCCCCGUACCCUGAGCAAUGAAAUAGCCCUGAGUUAUGCUUCCUUUUAUUUAAUCCUUGUAGAUGCAUAGUUUCUUCAGCUAUGGAUAUUGUGCCUGGAAACCAGUCUUCACUUCACACACCAGACCUGCCUUGGGACCACAGUUACUAGAACAGAUUCAAACUCAGAGUCCUCCCUGUGUAUAUCAGAUUUUUCUUGAAGAAGUUAUUUUUAAGAGAGUAGUGAUAGUAUUUCCAAGCCAUAGCUUGGGUUAAUGGACAAAUUGAAAAUGUCUGCCAAUACCAAGGAUACUCUUGUGUAUUUGAAAAGUAACUUAUUAUUUCAAGUUUUGUGGUUUUCUUUGUAUUGGGGAGCUACCAUUAGUGGAUGUUUAUGUUUUAGGCCAUAAAACUGUCUCUGGUCUGAACAAACUGAAGUCAUCUUUACAGGAUGAUAUGCUUAAUGUAUACAGAGAUGAACUUGAUCUGUUGCACCAGUGCAAUGUAGGGUCUCCGUUUGAGUGGGGAAGGAAGCCGUAUUUGGUUGAGGUGUUAGGAGGGAAGAUUCUGCCAUCUGCUGAUUUGGAAGGCCAGAUGAAGCUGCCACAGGGUUUCUUAUCAGUCCUUUGGGAAAGGGAGGCUAUAAUUAGGUCGGUAGCCACCCUCAUCUCUGAAGAAUGAAGUUUUCCUUAAACAUGUAUACCAACCCUUUUUGAAGUGAAUGUCGUGCUGCAUCUACCUAAAAGUAUAAAUCCAGUAAGUAGGGAAUGGGUUCUAGAGAGUUCUACAGAAACCCAAAACAAAAAUUUUUAAAUGCUCAAAUAAUGGAGUUCUUUUUUUAAGAAGGAAGUGCAAUCAUUGGUGUGUAAUCAUGGAGAUGAAUUAAGCUUUAUGUAAUGUUCUGCAACAUCCCCUCCACUCAAUCUCACAGCAUGAGGCUGUGUUCAUAAACCUUGCGGCCCCCAGCUGCCUGCAACACAGCUCAUUAGUGUACCAAGGUAUUAAUUGGUUGAAAAUUUUAGGGGGGACAGAGGAGCUAGAAUUAUGGGAAUGAUUCUCUCUUGGCUCUCAGUUUAAGCCCUUGAGAGGAAAGAGAUCUAUGUUUUAACAGUCUGUUGGGCAUGGCGCUCCUUAACUGUUUAGUUAAAAUUUCCGUGACUGUUUACUGGGCGACCUAGACCUUACACAUUUUUACAAAUUAAAUACGGUGUUUUCUAUAUCUUAAGUUUAAAUUUAAUCAUGUUUUAAAAAUGUAAAUGCAGGUGAGAGCUUAAUUAACUUCUAUGACUACCAAAAAAAGAAAAAAAAAAAAAAAAAAAAAGCCAAAGCCAUUCAUGUGCACUACCCAGAUCAACUUGGAGCCAAAAUGGGUUUACUUCUGAGUACUAGUUGUCUAUAUGUGAAUUUAUAGGAUUUAGCUGGUUUGUGAUUUCCUUUUCAAGACUGUGUUUCCUCUUUUUUUCCUAGCUGUUUCUUCUCUCUCUCCUUCCCUGCACCCCCCCACCCCAACCCCUGGUUUUUGUUGUUGUUGUUGUUGUUGUUGUUGUUGUUGUUGUUGUUGUUGUUGUUAAGUAGGCUUCAUGCCCUAUGUGGAAUUUGAACUGUUGACCCUGAGGUUAAGAGUCACAUGCUCUACUGACUGAGCCAGUUAGGCGCCUCUCCCACCCCAGUCCCCUUCGUUUUAAAAUCAUGAAUCAUUUCCAACUGGUAAGUGGCAGUGGUCUGUCUUUUCUGCCAAAAUGAUUGUCUCUUCAUUUUAGGAAAAAUAGCCUAUCUGAAAACUUCCUUUGGGCCAGAAACAAAAAAACAAAACAAAAAAAUGUCAAUCUGAAACUUAAAGCCUUAAAAACCUGCCCACCACCCCACCCCACCAGGUAUGUCAGAAUGAAGCUAAUUGGCUCUCUAGCUUUCUUGGUCUAUUGAAAUGGAAAAUGGCCUGGAUCAAAAAUCCUGGUUUAAAAGUCACACUGUAGUGAUUUAACCUAUAAAUACUGGUCCUUUGAUCACAAAAAAUGUUCCUUCACUGAUUUACGCAGUAUUGUUUUCAUGUCCAGAGCCAAACAAAGAAAAUGAAAGAUACUUUUGUUAGUCAUUUUUUUUUUGUCAAGUUUGAGUAUUUAUUCUAUUUUAUAUCCAUUUCCCCAGAAAAAAAAUGUGCUGUUUGUAAAAUAUCUGUUUAUUUGCAGGUGUUUGAAAUCAUAUGGGAGCCUUACCUGUCUUUGUCCUUAAUGGUGUCAAUAAUAUCUUGCACAGAGAGUCAGAGGCUGUGCUUUGGGACUGCACCUUGUAGCUGACUUUGUCUUUCUGGCUCCAGCUGUGAGUGUUUGAGUCAGCCAAUCACAGUGAUCAGGAACUAAAGCCAAAUGCUUUGUAUGUGGUAUGUGUGUAUCUCCUAAGAACUCGUGGAGUUUGGAUUUUUACAUUUUAAUUUUAAUUUAGGGAACACUUCUGCCUUCUCUUAGUUUGUUACAUGACUAGAACAAGAGAAGCCUUAACCUGUAUUUCCUCCAGUUUUCAAUCCCCAUUUGUUUUUGUUUUUAUUUUAAAAUUUUAAUGAGACUAGUGCCCUCAUCCCACCUCAACUCUAAAUCUGUCAGGACUUAAUGAAGUAGUAAACCCUCAGUGCAAAGUUUCUACCAAAUAAGUUUCAACAAAACAGUUUCUUCAUAAUGAAAGAUUUGAACAAUGAAUAAAUCCAGUAUAUACUUCCAUAAAAGUUUAUCUUAAGUCGUAGAUUCUUAUUUCCUCCAAAUGAUUACUAUGAAUCUGAUCUUUGGGGAGAAAAAGACUUAACUGUUUUUUCAUGAGGGUGAUAAGUCACACUGUCGUCAUCUGUAUAACCUCCUUGAGAAUCUCCCAGGCGGGGAAAUGAGGCAGUAAUCAUGAGGAUUCCCAAGAACAAACCUAAUUUUUAUAAAGUGUUUUCUUCUCUAUAAAAAGAAGGAGAGAAAGAGUUUCUUUGUGUAUUUAAAACAAUUAUUGUUAUUCUGAUACAUUUUAAGUUUCUAAAAAAUGUGAUAUUAAAGUAGAUGUAUCCCGUUAGCAGUACCUUAAAGGCUAGAAAAAAGGGAUAAAUCUUCAAAAAAGUGUCACAGUACAUUUUCAGAUUUAAACUUGAACUCCAGUUCAUCUUCAGCUUUUGUUGUGCUUUUUUAAGGCUUCUUUAUUUUUGAUACACAGAAUGCAGUUGUACUUGACCUUUUGAAAUAGAAACAUGUGAGCUUAUCAGAAAAAGACAAAACAAAACUGCACAGUUGUAAUAAUCGAAUGCAAUUAUACUGCACAAUUCAGUGAUUGUAAAGUAUCCUGUAAUGAGCAAUGUUUGUCUCCUAUUUUUUGAUACCUCUUAAACUUAUGUCUUUUAGAAAGACAGUGCCUCUGUAUGCUUUUUGUAUUUUUACUGAGUGUAAAUAUUUGUUAUAUUUUUGGUUAAGAGAAUGUAAAAGUACUGUUUAUUAUUAUCAUAUCUACUAAUACAUUGGUGGAAUCAAUAAAGAAUCUACAUUAA